AUGCGUACCGCUGGUCUUCUUUCUCUUUUACUCGCAGCGAUUCCCGCUGUUACCGCGGAGCGGGGUACCCUUGGUCUCGCCCUGGGUAACAAGAAUCCUGACGGCACCUGCAAGUCUACUAGCGACUAUGAGGCCGACUUUGACGCGCUCAAGAGCCUGACUACCCUCGUUCGUACAUACUCCGCCAAUGAUUGCAACACCGCUGUGAACAUCGUUCCUGCAGCCAAGAACAAGCAGUUCAAGGUCGUGCUGGGUGUCUGGGCUGAUUAUGACGAAUCCUUCAACAAUGACUUCAAUGUCUUGAAGCAGAUUGUUCCCGGAAAUGAAGAUGUUAUCCCUUCGAUCACUGUCGGUUCUGAAACUCUUUACCGCAAAGGCCUUACUGCCCAGCAGCUCCUGGACAAGAUCCGUACGGUCCAGAAUGCGUUCCCCAAGGUUAACGUUGGCACGGUGGACAGCUGGAACAUUUUCAAUGAUGGUACUGCCGAUCCCAUCAUCCAAGGAGGUGUCACUUACUUCUUGGCCAAUGGCUUCGCCUAUUGGCAAGGAACGGAUAUUGACCAUGCCACCGAGACCUACUGGAAUGACACGAGGCUUGCUAAGGAGCAUAUUGAGAGGAUUGCUGGCAACAACCAGGACAAGAUUAUCUUCGGAAACGGCGAGACUGGUUGGCCCACCGAUGGCGGUUCUGACUAUGGAAACGCCAAGGCUAGCACUCAAAAUGCUGAACGGUACUGGAAGGACGCUGUCUGCGCUAUGCUGACCUGGGGCGUCGACGUUUUCUACUUUGAGGCUUUCGACGAAUCCUGGAAGCCCAAGAGCAUUGGUGACAACGGCGAGGAGAAGGAUGAGACCCACUGGGGUCUUUUCACUGCCGACCGCAAGGCCAAGUUCGACUUGUCUUGCCCUAACUAA